UGAGGGUGCGCGUGCUUAAAGAUGGGAGCGGAGGAUGACGUCGAAAGGUUGUGCGCGUUUUAGAUAAAUCUUAAAUAUUAAAACAAUUGCUCACGCGAUCCGGACUUAACGGCUGUCCAACUGCUGAUGGAUGUCUGAAAUGAAGGAAGGAAAAAGGAAGUAAACAAGGACAUAUGUGGCAGACCCAUCAGGAUUUGGGCAACAAGAUUAAUUCAGAGCUGAUAUUGAAUGUUUUUCUUUCACCAGAAACUCUUGAGCUUGUUGCAGUAUGAGCCAUGGGGUAUGAUGUUAAUCGGUUUCAGGGCGAAGUGGAUGAAGAUUUGAUUUGUCCAAUCUGCAGUGGUGUUUUGGAAGAACCUGUCCAGGCUCCACACUGUGAGCAUGCAUUUUGCAAUGCCUGUAUCACUCAGUGGUUCUCCCAACAGCAAACCUGUCCAGUGGAUCGCAGUGUUGUUACUCUAGCCCACCUCCGACCUGUUCCCCGCAUCAUGCGGAACAUGCUGUCCAAAUUGCAGAUCACGUGUGACAACGCUAGCUUCGGCUGCACAGCUGUGGUGCGGCUCGACCAGCUGACUUCUCACCUCAAUGAUUGUGAGCACAAUCCGAAGCGACCUGUGACGUGUGAGCAGGGAUGUGGAUUAGAAAUGCCCAAAGAUGAGCUACCAAACCACAACUGUAUCAAGCAUCUUCGCACCAUGGUACUUCAGCAACAAGGGAAAAUUUCAGAGCUGGAGAAGACUUCAGCAGAGCAUAAACAUCAGCUGGCAGAGCAGAAACGAGACAUUCAACUUUUGAAAGCGUACAUGAGGGCUAUCCGCAGUGCAAACCCAAACCUACAGAACUUGGAGGAAACCAUUGAGUACAAUGAGAUCCUAGAGUGGGUCAAUUCAUUGCAACCUGCUAGAGUUACCCGAUGGGGUGGGAUGAUCUCCACCCCUGAUGCAGUUCUCCAAGCAGUCAUUAAGCGGUCUCUCAUUGACAGUGGGUGCCCAAUGUCUAUAGUCAAUGAUCUCAUCGAAAAUGCACACGAGAGGAACUGGCCUCAGGGUCUGGCCACACUAGAGACUCGCCAAAUGAACCGCAGGUUCUACGAGAACUAUGUAGCUAAACGAAUCCCAGGGAAGCAAGCUGUAGUGGUGAUGGCAUGUGAGAACCAACACAUGGGAGAGGACAUGAUCAUGGAGCCUGGUCUGGUAAUGAUCUUUGCUCAUGGAGUAGAGGAAAUCUUUUAAAGCAGAUCGAUUUUCUCCUCUGAAUUGAAGUUUCUACUAUAAGAAGAAAGCAGGACUUUGACUUGCCCUCUGGAAUAUCUUCGGCAAGCAGACUUGGACAUGACCAAAGGCUUAAUGCCAAACUGCAUUAUGGGUUAUUCGAUCACCACCUUUGCAACGCCAGAACUAGCUUAAAGAAUGGGUUUGCAGCUCACAGAACCUUUGUUCCAACCUUAUGUAUUUAUUCAUUCACAAUUUUAAAACAUGAAGUACAAUUCUGAUGCCCAUUCCAGAUGCCACAUAAGAAAACUUAACAAUUGUGGUGCCUGCAGUGGUUUGUGUUGUGCUUUAAUAUCUUAUUGGUAUUUUUCCCCUUUUCUUUUCAAGUAGAAAAUGGUAAUGGCCAAUUUUUUGUAGUACAGGCUGUUAACACAGUAAACAAUGCAAGAAGUUUUUUUUGUGAACUGUUUUGAGGGGUAAACUACUGUGAGGUUUCUGUAAGAGCAGAGCUCAUAAGCAAACUAUAGAGAUAAAUAUUGUAUGCACUACAUGGCUUAAUAUCCACUAAAGCAAUCUUAAAGGCCGAUUUGCUGAAAUGUGUUUUGUAUUUGGGCAUAAAAUAUUAAAAUUUAUGCAAAACCCAAGUGACAACAUGUGAAGUAAACUUUAAUACCUGCAACCAAUUCAAUCGCAUGAUGGGUGAUUUCUUAAAUUCACAAGGCAGGGGCAGAAAGAUGCAGAAAUUUACGCUCCUGCGAGGCAAGUUGGUUGCAGUCCUAUAUUUUUUUUUGUUCUAUGUUGAAACUCUGCCAACAUUUAAUCACUUUAACCUAAAUCCUACUUUUCUGGAUUUGCCUUAAAUUAGAUUGUUAAAUUGAAGUCAAUAAUAUCUAAAUGGAGUUCUGUGCAAAAAUGGCUAAAAUUGUAGUGAGGUGUAUUCAGUGAGCAGGAACAAAAAAGGACGAGUGUUCAUGCUUUUAAAAUCCCACGAGUAUUUUGUUUCUCACAUAACUAGAAAGCCAUCCUGAUUGAGAUGUUAUGUAGAAAUAUCUGAUUGUGAGCCUGAAUGUGAUGCUCUAUAUUCAUGUAAACUGUAUAAUUUACCCAGCUGCUUUAUCACAUGGGUAGGAAUUGCACGUAUGAUUGCAGGACUCCCAAGUCAGAAUGAAGGCUGAGCUAGUAUAGGAUUCCAAAAAUAUAUAUGACUGAAGAUAGCUUUGAAAGCUUGAAGUUUUAAAAAUGUGUACAUCAAAUAUUAUAUAAACUUGACUUCAGUGCAACUGAAUGAGCUAGGUACCAGUACAUUGGUAACUGUGCCUAAAACAAGGAUGUUAUUUAACAGUGACUUCAAAGUUAAGGGGGUUGUCAUUUCUCCCUCAAGUUAAAUUUGAAUCAAAGCAGCUAAGAAUGACUGUCAGUAACAACGACUCUUAAACAUAGUGUUUUGAAUUGACUUUCAGGGGAGGGAGAUGUGCGGAAGAAAAAGUGCUGUGAACCAAUAAACUCUAGCUAGAAGUUGUGUGUAUGUAUUUUAAAUAAAAUCUUGCCAUUUGUUUUAUCCAUAGAAUAGGACUGAGGGAGUUGAAGCACAAACUCCUAGUUUUCCAGCUGAACCAUACAAAUGUGCAAAACUUUUGAGCUUCUGUUAGGACUUUGACAUAAGUCUGUGGUAUCGAUUCACUUCUGGGUAGAUUUUAGAUUU